CACAGUUUUGACACCUGCAAAACUCUUUGUGCGUCUUGUUGUAAGAAGUUCCCAAGCCAAGUCCGCGGCCAAGAGCCAAGCGUGGGCUUGGCGCGAUAUGAUAUACACCGCCUUAGACAACUUUUAUCUUACUGACGAGGAGCUAGCUAACAGCCCUUCAAGGAAGCACGAUAUAGACGAGGAGACAGAAACGACUCUGCGCAUCUUUGGUUGCGAACUUAUCCAAGAAGCUGGCAUUCUGCUAAAAUGUCCCCAGGCCGUAAUGGCCACGGGGCAAGUCCUCUUCCAAAGGUUUUUUUGCAGGAAGAGCAUGCGAGAGUUCAACGUUCGGCGCAUGGCCUGCGCAUGCUUGUUUCUGGCGACGAAGCUCGAAGAAAACCACAGACGUACGCGGGAUAUCUUAAUGGUCUUUGACCGCAUUAAUAAGCGACGUGAUGGCAGUAAAAGUAUGCCGUUACUUAUACCGGAAACAAAGGAAUACGACGUGAUGAAGGAGCGCGUCAUCACCUACGAGCGGAUCCUGCUCAAGACCUUCGGGUUUAUCAUCCAUGCGGUCCACCCGCAUAAGUACGUCAACAGCUUUGUGCACAGCCUGGACGGUAGCGGCGAGCUUCAACAGCUGGCAUGGAACAUGCUGAACGACAGCUUGCGCACGACGCUGUGCGUGCGCUUCAAGGCCCAUGUGGUGGCGGCGGGUGCUAUCUACCUCGCAGCGAGGAGGCUCCAGGUCCCAUUGCCGGAGAACCCGCCGUGGUGGGAGGCAUUCAAGGUGCCCACCGACCAACUCGUCCAGGUUGUCUUAACCCUGCACAACGUGUACCAGCGACCGAAGGCGCACUACAUUGAAGUGAACCCUGACGUGAUUAAGCAGCAGCAGGCGGUUAGCGGCAUGGGCAUUGUUAAGCAGCUCACGCCGGGGCUCGAGGGUAACGACAGCCCUGCGGCGCAAGACUCGAGCGUCAUUCGUGGGGGACCUGACUUGGCGUCUCAGCAGCAGGGGCCGCCCGCAACAGUUGCUCCUGUGGUAACGUCGACAGCAGGUCCUCCUGGUGCCAGUGUGGCAGCCGAUAUGUUGGCUGCUGCCGUAGCGGCGGCGCAACAGCGCUUACAAGGGGGAGCACUUGCGGCAGGCGCCCCAGGUACAGCAUCUGCGCCGGCAACGGCAGCCGCGGCGGCUGUGCAGCAGCAACGGAUAGAAACAGACGUCGUGUCUACCGUUCAGCAGGGUGCGAAUGGUGCCACGACGACGGGCGGCGCUGGGCAGGCGAACGGCGGAGGCGCAACGUCCACAUUGGAGGGGAUGGCUCAGUCGAGGAAGCGGAGUAGGAGCAGAAGUCAAGACAGGACCAGAUGGCGCAGCCGCAGUUCGUCGCGCAGUCCAUCCCACAGCCGGAGCAGGAGUUUAGAUCGAGACCGCGAUCGGGAGCGGGAACGGAGCCGUCGCAGCAGAAGCAGGAGCCGCGACCGGGAGCGGCAAAGGGACUCUCACCGAAGAGAUGGCAUCAGGCGUGAUCGCCGCAGCCGCAGCAGGGAUCGACGGGACCGCGACCGGGAUCGGGACCGGCGGGAUCGGGACAGGGAGCGCGAAAAGGAAAGGGACCGUGGUGACAAGGACCGGCGAGAGCGCGACGUGAAAGUUGAGCAUCGUGGUCGAGACAGGGAAAAGGAGCGGGAGCGAGGCAUCGAGAAGUUGGGAGAUCGGGAGACGCGGAGCACGGGCGCAAACAGGGACGAGUCGCGAGGUGAGUGCGUUCACCCUCCAUCCACCCUGCUGUAA